AUGGCAGAGGACCAAUUUCCCCUCUACCCACAGGCUGUGGUUCUUCCAAUCCUCGCCUUCCCCUCAUGGAUUCUCUGUAUCUCCCCCAUGAUUUGGCACCUCUCGCAGCGCAACAUCGCAGCAGGCUCCCUCAUCUUCUGGCUCAUACUCCUCAACUUCUUCAAUUCCAUCAAUCCGCUUAUCUGGCCCCGUGACAAUAUGAAAGAAUGGUACAAUGGUACAGGCCUUUGUGACAUUGAAGUCCGCAUCCAGGUUGGCGCCUCGGUGGCCCUCGCAGCAUGUACAGCCGUUAUAGCACGCCGACUCGCCAACGUCAUGGAUACACGCAAUAUCACGGUCGCUCCAAGCAAGCGGAGCGUACUCAUCGAGAAGAUCCUCGAGAUCGGCUUCUGUUGGGUGUAUCCGGCAGUCCUGAUGAUCACGUACUACAUCGUCCAGCCUUUUCGUUAUUACAUCUUCGGUAUCUCCGGAUGCACGGCAGUAUUCGAUUCCAGCUGGCCCAGUCUGGCGAUUGUGUGGGUUUGGGGCUGCAUCACAACGCUCGUGGCAGCCUUCUAUUCAGGCUUACUAGGCUUUCGUCUCUUUCACUACCGCCGCGAGUUCCACGAUCUGAUCGCCGCCCGCAACACCACUAAAUCACGCUUCAUACGACUGUUUCUCAUGGCGCUCUACGUCUCAAUUAUCUUGGUCCCAUACUCCUUCUUCAUCCUCUACCAACUGGCCGACACCAUCGUCGACGAAUACAGCUGGGCACGCGUUCAUGGACCUAACUGGAACUCUGUCAUCAAAGUACCUGCCAACGGUGUUGCGCGUUGGGACCGCUGGGGUGAAGUCGCCGCAGGAUACAUUGCCUUCCUUCUCUUUGGCACCGGCACCGAUGCGAACAACACUUACAAGGGCUUGCUCACAUCAAUCGGGUUUGGCAAGAUCUUCCCAAGCCUCUACAUCAUUAGCGAGAGUAGUGGCACUCAAACACCUACAAGCGUCACCUUUGUCAAGCGAUGGACGUCCAAUUGGUCGAGUAAGGCGAAGAGCUUGAUCAGCAAGAACGGAUCGGUCUCUGAGAUGAGCUGCAACGCUUCCGUAACCGGCUCCGUCAUGCAGACUGUGUUCACCAACGAAAAUUUGACAUCUGGCCAACAGCAUCACGACACAGCCCGCAGUGAUAAGAAAUCCUUCUUCAGCCGCAUCUUCUAUGGCCGCACCAUGAAUCACUCCAUACUUCCAGUCCACAACAAGAUCUCAACCGAAAUUGACCGUCUCCCUGUCCUCGACAAGACACCCUCGAACCCCUCUGCGUUUACUGCGCAUGCCUGGGCCGCCGAUAAUGUCGCUGGCGAGAAGCAUGGGGAGGUGACAGGUGUUCAUGUUGUUCGAGAAGUUCAUCAAGCGAGCCAGGACCGGGGCAAAAGUCAAAAGACCAUUGAGGAUGCCUAG